GGACAUCGUCUGUCUGAUAACUCCAGGCAGAACCACGUAGCUGUGUUACUUUGGAGCAGACCAGCAGAAUGUGGUGCACUCUGUGCCUUCUCCUUGCCGUGCAGCUGUUGGGCACAGGGACAGCAGCCCCACGGAAAACAAAUGCUGAUCUUCUACUAUGGGCGAACUUUAAUGAGAAUCAGGCUCGUGCAAGGAGAGCGUUGACAGACAUGGAAGGGUCUGCUUUUGGAGCCAUUGAAGCAAAUGAAGAAUCCUGCCAACUUGAGCCUGAUAGUGGUCCGUGCUUCAUGCUUUUCCAUCGGUUCUUCUAUAACCAAACCUCGAUGGCCUGUGAACUAUUUAAAUAUGGUGGUUGUGCUGGAAACAAGAAUAAUUUUCGAACAGAACGGGAGUGUCUACAGACCUGCCGAACUGAAGCUGCCUGCAGGUUGCCCAUAAAAAUUGGCUCUUGCAGAAUGAGCACUGAUCUCUGGGCGUUUGAUUCCAACAUUGGCAAGUGUAUCCGUUUCGUGUACGGUGGGUGUGAAGGAAACGGAAACAAGUUCUACACGGAAAAGGAGUGCGUGGAGUAUUGUGACCCCAUCCCAGAAAGUGGGGAGGAUGAGCUUCUGUUACAGUGAAGGCUUAGACAAAAAUAAAAGUUUAAGGGCAACACAAGAAGUAAAUAUUAGAAACAAUGAUUCAAAGCAACCGUUCACAAUGAGACCGUGAGUCUGAUCCUAAAAACAAGUGGCAGAAACACGGAAAUUGCAUGAGCUCAUGUUCAAUAGAGUGACAAUGUUCUUUAACCAAUUGAUCCAAUAAACUUAAAUAAUCAAAGUAA